AUGACAUUUAACCGCAUCAUCAUAAGAAUAGAACGAACCCUACUUUGCGAUAAGCGCGAACCAAACCCCAAUCUAGACAACAUGGAUAUCGGAGGACUGACAGAUGUCCGCGUAAUCGACCUCUCAGACUUCUUACCGGGUCUUACCUACCGCCAGCGCAAACAAAUCCAAGAAGAAGCGUCUAGCGGCGCGCUUCGCCUUCAAAGCCUUCAGUCGCACCCACCCAUAUCGAUACCGUCCCUCAACGGCUCGAAUUUGCACUUGCAGUCUAUUGCGACUGAUCUUGUUCAAUCUGCUUCCACCUAG